AGCUCGAUCUGGUGCAGUCCACCUGCCAUGGAUCUCUCUACCAGUGCUGUGGUCUUCCUGUUCCUCACCUACCACCUCUGUGAGGCAGGACAUCGAAACUAUAAUUCAAUCCUCCUUGUGCCCAAUGGCGGGAAGUGGGGAGAAUGGGGAAAAAUUGAAUCCUGUCCCAAAGGACAUGCACACGGAUUCUCACUGAAGACAGAGAGAGAACAAGGAGUGACUGGUGAUGAUACUUCCCUCAAUGGCAUCCGUCUCUAUUGCAGUAGUGGUGGAGUUGUACAAUCCACUGUCGGGCCGUGGGGAGAGUGGACAGAGGUUAAGGAAUGCCCCAGGGGCUACCUGGUUGCCUUCGCUCUGAAUGUUGAAGCCCCAAAAGGGCCAUCUGAUGAUACAGCAGCCAACAACAUCCGGUUCAGCUGUGGAGAUGGUGCUAUACUGGAGGGCGAGUCCCCCACCUUUGGUACUUAUGGCCAGUGGAGCAAGCGCUGCACCGCUGGUGCCAUCUGUGGGAUCCAAACAAAGGUGGAGGCUCCAGCUCGAGGUGAUAGCACAGCACUUAAUGAUGUCAGGUUCUUCUGCUGUUACUGA